AUGUCUCCAGCGGAGAAAGGCUCUCCCGAGGCGCCAAGACCACAACACAUCCCCUAUUGGCGCAUCCUGACCGACCAGGGCGUUUGCACACCCGAAGUAAUCGAUUAUCCCUACGCUGGCGCAGGUACCGAAGAUUCGCCUUUUGUUGUUGAAUGGAUCCCCGAUGACCCUCGCAACCCUAUGCAAUUUUCCACUGGCCUAAAAUGGACAUAUACUAUUUUGGUCGCAUUUGCAACACUCGCAGUCUCGCUAUCGUCCUCGGCAUAUGCAGGUGGAAUUAAUGAAGUGCUUACAGAUUUGCAUGUGGGCGAAGAAGUCGCCACGCUGGGAGUGAGCUUGUUUGUCUUGGGAUUUGCUGUCGGCCCUCUGCUUUGGGCCCCUAUGAGUGAGCUUGUUGGACGUCAGAUAGUCUUUCUGAUCACCUUCUUCUCACUCGCUGCAUUCUGCGCUGGCGCAGCCGGCGCUCAGCAUGCAUAUUCCCUUAUCAUCCUCCGCUUCUUUGCCGGUUCCUUUGGCUCAUCCCCUUUUACCAACGCUGGUGGUGUCAUUGCUGAUAUCUUCCCUGCCGAGAAGCGUGGGUUGGCCACGAGUCUCUUUGCUGGAGCACCAUUCCUCGGACCUACCCUCGGACCUGUUAUUGGAGGUUUCCUGAGCGAGAACGCUGGUUGGCGAUGGGUGCAGGGAUUCUUGGCGGUCUUCACAGGUUUGAUUUGGAUAUUGGGAAGUCUUAUCGUUCCAGAGACAUACGCCCCGGUUUUGCUCCGUAAGCGGGCAGAGCGCUUGUCUGAAAUAACCGGAAAGGUUUAUCGCAGCAAGCUGGAUAUCGAUCGCGGAAAGGUUUCUGCCCGGGACGCUUUCACCACUGCUCUCAAACGACCAUGGAUCCUUCUAUUCGCCGAGCCUAUUGUAUUUUUGCUCUCUCUUUACAUGGCGAUCGUGUAUGGCACAUUAUACAUGCUUUUCGAUGCCUUUCCCAUUGUCUUCCAGGAGAUAAGAGGAUGGAGUGAAGGAGUCGGCAGCUUGCCGUUCCUCUCUGUGAUGAUCGGAAUGAUGAUCGCCGUCGGUCUGAACAUGUACGACAACAAACGCUACAUUCGCAUCCACAUCAAACACAACGGAUUCGCACCUCCUGAAGCACGCCUGCCGCCAACAAUGCUCGGUGGUAUAGCUAUUCCUAUCGGCUUGUUCUGGUUUGCAUGGACGAACUACCCGUCAAUCCCAUGGAUUGUCUGUGUGCUCGCUACCGCGCCCUUUGGUUUCGGCAUGGUAUUUGUCUUCUUGGGAAUCAUGAACUAUCUCAUCGAUGCGUACACAAUCUACGCAGCAUCUGUCCUUGCCGCAAAUUCGAUUAUCCGAUCUUGCUUUGGUGCCGGAUUCCCUCUCUUCACGACAUACAUGUACAACAAUCUGGGAAUCCACUGGGCAUCGUGUGUGCCCGCCUUCCUUUCGCUAGCCUGUGUCCCUUUCCCAUUCAUUUUCUAUCGUUAUGGACCUGCUAUUCGGCGCAAGUGCAAGUACGCUGCUGAGGCAGAUGACUUCAUGCGUGCAUUGAACCGGAAGGCCAACGAAACAAGCGAGGUGGAAGAGACCGAAGGAGUCGCAGAUGAAAACUCGGAGAAGCAGGCCGCAGAGCCCGUGAGAGUUUCGGUGGAUAAUCAGUCGUCGAUGUCUUCCCGUACAUCGCUUGAGCGCAUCGAAACAUAUGAGGCGAAUCCAUUCGAUAUCGAUCGUGUGAACACGCGCAACUCUGCUAUCACACAACAAUCGAACUCAGCCCAAGGUCGCGUAUCAAAAUUCUUUGGCUUCGGCCGCAAGUGA